AUGGAGGGGAACCUGCACUCGGCAUGGGGCCAACGGGGUACCGGAGCUGCCCCUCUGGUGGCCGACAACAUCGAGCAGUACAUGAAGGAGUCUGUUGCAGCCCGCGACAAACUCACAAAGUUCAUGGACAAAUUGGACCUGCAUGACGCUGCAGUGAAAUUGGAGUACCCCCGGAUGAAGGAGAUUGUGACUUCUCUGGGUACCCACUAUGAUGAGCUCGCCUCGUUCCAAGCCGAUGCAAAGAUUACCCCGACCCUGUCCGAUUCGCACUUUGACUUAAAGAUUAGGCAAAAGGAGAAACUGGAGAAGCUCUUCGAGUCUGUGAGGAUGACCCUGGCCAUCUCCUGCGAGGUCAAGAACAAGAAGCUUAAGAAGAAGCCAACCAAAAGGGCGGCUUCGCCUUCUGGGGGUGACAACCCCAAGAAGAAGGCCACUGCCAAGCACGUCGUCUCCGUCGCGAAGACCUUCGCUCGGGAGGAUGAUUGCAAGGCUUUGCAAGAGAUGGCUGCAUGUCCGACUGGGGAUGCCGAGAAAGCCCUCCAACGAAUUCUGAGGAAGUACGAUCUAACACUGGAUGUUCCUCGCACCAACAUCACGUGUGCACCGAAUUGCACAGCUGUGCUUCAAAAAGACCCGUCUGUAGCAAAGUAUCCCAUCAUCCAACGCAAAGCUUUGACCCUUACUUUGAAGGCAAAACCAACUUUGUUGAAAGCUUUAGGUGGUCCGAGGCUACGGGAGUUUUGGAGGCAAUACAAGAUUUGGGAACCGGAGCACGAAAUUUGGAUGCACGAUCAUUUUGAUCCCGAGACCACCGUGCCCCUGCUGGUGCACGGCGACGGCGGUCGAACAUAUAAAAAAGAAGAGCUUAUGGUGGUGCAAUGGCAGCCGGUGCUUGGAUGGGGCACUCGUGCUUCACACCCUGUGCAUCGACCAGGUGUGGCAGGUGUGAAUUUGCAGAAGCACUCUUUCACGACUCGCUUUCUGUAUAGUGUCUUACAGAAGGCAAACUACAAGGAUGACGAAGAUUGCUUUAUGAACUUUUUGGAUGGCCUUAUGCAAAACUUGAGCAAUCUCUACAACCAAGGACUGGUUUUGCAUGGUGGCAAACGGUUCCGCUUCCUCCCGCUGGGGGUCAAGGGCGAUCUCCCGUUUCUACAAAAAGCCGGCUUUUUGGAACGGACCUUCCUGAAUAUCAGGAAGGCGCCAAAAAGGCCGCAAAGCAAAAAGUUAUCCGGGUGCUGCCACUUAUGCCUCGCAGGCACGGACGACUACGCUUUCGAAGAUUUUGGGUCAACACCUGGAUGGAUGCCGACGAUGGGCCGCAACAACCCACCCCCGUGGCCAAGGAUCCCUCCGUUUCUGGAAUAUAUUCCGCACAUCCGGGCAAAUGCUCCCUCUUUCUAUCGACUUGACGUCAUGCAUUUGCUGCAUUUAGGCUUUGGACGAGAUUGGUGUGGCAGCUCUCUUGUACUCCUUUUGGACUUGUACAAUGCAGAUUCCAUACCCGUGGCCCUGGAGAGGCAGACGUCCGACUUGAAACUGUUCCUGACACAGAGCCGUCGCCAGCUCCACUUCAAAAGGCUGAGCAGGGACAUGCUGGGUUACAAGAACGAGCAUUCGUUUCCCACGGGGCACUGGGCCAAGGCCUUGGACACUCCUGUGAUGUUUGAAUUUGUCAUAUGGCUUUUGGAUCAACAGCAGAGGCUGCUACAGGAGGAUCAGCUUCUCAGGCUCAUGUAUGGAGCAUCACACGCCAUGGGUGUUUUCAUGCGAACGGUGCUCAAGGCUGGUCUAUGGCUUACAAAGGAUGAGGCGGCUACCGCCGCUGAAGCAGGAUUAUUUUUCUUGCAGGCCUAUGGAAAAUGUGCCCGAAUCUGUGCAGAUCGCAACCUUUGCAGAUACAACUUAACGCCGAAACUUCAUUUUUGGCAUCAUAUUUGUCUUCGGCUUCAUGACGGUGUUCAAAACAACUUGUCUGCUUUGCAGAAUCCAUUGGCGGAUUCGAACUUCGCCGACGAGGACUUCGUGGGCAGGGUAUCCCGGUUAUCCCGCAGAAUCAGCCCUCGCUUGCACAGCGAACGAACGAUUGGACGUUAUCUGGUGGCCACACGUGGCCAGCUCCGUGCGGGGUAG